AUGAUAUUAUAUUAUUAUAUACUACUACUGUUAGUUUUUACAAUAUUGGGUUUGUCUUUUAUUAGAUAUUAUACCAACAAGAGAGCGAAACAACUACAUCAUCAAAUUUCAAGUUCAGAAAAAUACUUCACAUUACGCCAACCUUAUAGUGAUGAGGAAAAACAGGACAAUUCAUUAGGAACUACAGAUACUCAUUAUGGUGGAGGAGGAGGUGGUAAUUUCAAAUACAAGUUCCCUGGUGGUGGUGGUGGUAAAAUAGAAUUUGGAGGUGGUGCUGGGUUUGACUACAAGCAUGGCAAACAUGAUGAUGAUGAUGAUAAUAACUCAGACAAUGAGAAUUAA